AUGAAGGUCGUCCACAAGGGCGAAUACAGACAAAAAAAGAAAAAAAUAGGCCCAUCUCCCGGUUUAGAUCAAGAAGACAUGUUAGAAGACCGUCCCUGCCUCGUCUCUCGAGACUACCCUCGACCCCACGAGCACGAAACCAAUUGGCACACGACUUACCUUCACGAGAAGCCCGACAUCCCGCCAAACAAACGCCCCCUCGACUCCACCACCACCACCAAAGACGACCAAAUCCUCCCUAUUCCAAAACUCCCGAAAACCAUUCACACCACCAACACAACCUCCAACACUAAUCACGACUCGAGCUCGUCAUUAAUCCCUGCCAUCGGCCGCGACAACUCCAUCACCUGCCUCCUCCGUUGCUCGCGGGCCGACUACGGGCCCUUAGCCUCCCUCAACCGCUCCUUCCGCUCCCUCAUUAAAUCCGGUGAGCUCUACCGCCUCCGCCGCCUCCACGGCAUAGUCGAGCACUGGGUCUACUUCUCUUGCCAGCUCCUCGAGUGGGAGGCCUUCGACCCGUCCCGCCGCCGCUGGCUCCAAGUCCCCCGCAUGAACUCCAACGACUGCUUCGUCUUCGCCGACAAGGAAUCCCUCGCCGUCGGCACCGAGCUCCUCGUCUUCGGCCGCGACCUCACCACCCACAUAAUCCACCGCUAUAGCCUCUUAACCAACUCGUGGGCCCAUUCGCCGGGCCCGUCGAUGCACGAGCCUCGUUGCCUCUUCGGCUCGGCGAGCUCCGGCGAGAUCGCGAUCCUCGCCGGAGGCUGCGACUCCGGCGGGAACAUCCUAAGCUCGGCGGAGCUUUACAAUUCGGAGACGGGCACGUGGACGAGGCUUCCCGGAAUGAGGAAGGCUCGGAAAAUGUGCUCGGGGGUAUUUAUGGACGGGAAGUUUUACGUGAUCGGAGGGAUUGGGUGGUCGGAUUCGGGGAUUCUGACGUGCGGGGAGGAGUUCGACCCGGCGAGCGGGACGUGGACGGAGAUACCGAACAUGUCGCCGGUGAGGGGGGCGCCGGCGGCGGCGGAGGGAGGGGAGGUGCCGCCGCCGCCGACGGCGGAGGCGCCGCCGCUGAUAGCGGUGGUGAAAAACGAGCUUUACGCGGCGGAUCAUGCGGAGAUGGAGGUUAUCUGUGAUUCAUGUCACAUUUUCUAUCUCAACCUUUCGUUUUGUGGAAACCGUAGUCUUAUGAAAAGAAACCUUAGUCUUAGGGUUGUAGUUUCUUGUAUGAACUGGAGGCUGUUACAGUACAGCAAAGUUGCUCUUUUGAUGCCUCAUUUGAUUAAUCUGUGA